GGAAGCACGUUUGUUUAUGCAGGAGUACGCAGGUUCACAAAGGCGUUGACCAAUCAGAUGGUUGUUCUACUAGCUGUCUUUUCGCCAAUUAAGAACCAUAACACGUCGUCUGCCGGGACAUUUUGCAUGCUUUUGGCGGAGACCGUUAAAUGGACACUGAUGAUACCUUCAUGGAUUUGAGCCCUGUCCCUUCAUUGGAUUUGGGUUCAUUGCUUAAUGAUUAUGAACCAUCAAAUCCACAAGAAGGUGAAGAAGAAAUAAGUUUGCAAGAAGAAAAGGAUACUGGAACACAAACAAAGCUUGGAGACUCUGAAGUUCAAAAAGACACCAAACAUGUUUACGGGCAGGAAAUCCCACAUGAUCAGGAGCCAGUGGCAAAGCUCCUUCAGGUUAACCAUCCAGAUCCUCAUGUAGAGAUAAACCAACUACAAGGCCGGAAAACUCAACAGGCGAUUCAGAAAGGUCAUUGUACUGGGCUCAAGCAAACAGCAGCACUAAGUAAACAAGAAGUAAAAUUGCAGGAGGAAAAGACGAGACUCGAGGAGGAAAAUGAAUUUGAGCAAAAGGAAAGAAUGAGGCUGGAGAAACAAUUGAUGAGACUGGGGAAUGAUUUUGAGAAUGAGAAAAAGAAAAGAAAAAUCCUUCAACAAAAGCUCAACGAAAGGGAAGGGGAAAGCAUGUUGAGAUCAAAUUGA